ACAUUAUUCAAAUAGCUAAAGCGUUCAACUAGUUGCACUUCAAAGCGAAAAAUCGCUUUAGGACAACCGGAAUGGAACGCUACCACGUCGGUGGUGACCAUAGCACAGAAUCAUGUCACAGCAAUAAAAACAACAAUAAUGAACUAAAGGAAGUCACCGGUUUAACGCGCAUCACUAAGAAGCGUCUAAAGGAGCUCUGCAAAAAAGAUAAGCUCUAUCAGACGCCUGCGCUUAAUGAUGUGCUUUAUCUACACUAUCAAGGCAUCCAUUGCAUUGAGUGCUUGGAGGAGUACACCGGCCUUAAAUGUCUUUGGCUGGAGUGUAACGCGAUCUCUGAGAUACAGGGACUCGAGCAUCAAAAAGAACUCAAGUGUCUCUUCUUGCAGAGCAAUUUAAUAAAACGUAUCGAAAAUUUGGAGCAUUGUCCGCAAUUGGAUACGCUCAAUCUAGCAUCGAAUCAUAUCCGAAAAAUCGAAAAUUGCGGCGUGGAUGUGCUGCCAGUUUUGAGUACAUUGAAUUUAUCCUCUAACUAUUUGAAAGACUUUGACGGUCUCAAAGAUUUGGAGAAUUGUAAGUCACUUUCAGUAUUGGAUUUGUCGAAUAAUCGUAUCGAUGAUAUAUUGGUGGUGAAGAUUUUUGCUAAAAUGCCACAAUUGCGCGUGUUAGUGCUGCAAGGCAAUCCGGUGGUGUCUAAAGUACCGCAGUAUCGAAAGACACUGAUAUUGGAAUGCCAAGAAUUAACCUACCUCGACAGUCGCCCUGUAUUUCCCAAGGACCGCGCUUGUGCAGAGGCUUGGAAACGUGAUGGUUACGAAGGCGAGCGUAAGGAAAACGAACGCUGGAAACGCAUGGAACGUAAGAAGAUACGCGAUAGUGUUAAUGCCACAAUUCGCAUGCGAAACAAGCAUCGGCCAGCAGAUCAGCAAGAUCCACUAUUCAACUCCUCCGAUUCAGAGGAAGAUUGCGCCGAAGUGAAACGCGCACGUCAAGCGGAAGUAGACGCUGGCAUAAAUAUGGAACUGGGCAUCUGGGAGGAGGUCGUGAAUGAGGACAGCAAAUCGCAGACCUCUUUAGACAUGAACGUUAGCUCAUCAACAUCGGGGCUCAGUACCACCGAUUCGAAUGCAAAUAUUUCCGCUGACUCGAAAUCCAUUGGGUUGCAACACAAUUUGGACAAUGAAGCGAAAGUUGUGAACGAUUCGCCAGUUACAAAGUCUCAAGCCUUAGCUAUAGCAACAGAUGGUAAUUUUGGAAGCAUUUUGAAGCUGGUUGAUGUGAGUGCAAAGGAAGGGUUUGAGACAAACGCUAACAAGGUAGCCGAGAGAAAGCGAAGUGAUGUCACUGUUGGGCAGAAGAGGGUACUUAUUGAAGAGUGGCCAGAGAUUGAGGUGGCGAAUGAAGAGAAUGCUGCUGAAAUCACAAGUGGCGUAAUCGAGCGUCUGCUAGACAAAGCGACUUUACCGACUUUUGCUCAAAAAUCGACCGAACUUGAUAAGCGUUUGUCCGUAACCAAUCUUUCCGAUUCAGAUGACGCUGCGAAAGAUGAGUAUAAUGCAACCGUCGAUGCGAUUGGUCAGAUCACUAUGCAUGAUCUUUCCAAACCCUCGCCUAAGAAACGCAUCAAGUUACAAAUUGAGGUAGACGAAGAGAGUUUGGACGUAAUGGAAACGGAGCAGGACCGAUUGGCGCGUAACUACGACAUUAUAGAAACGGAAACGCGUGAAAAGGUUGUUGAAGAAACUUGUGAGGAAUCUGAUGAUAUUGUGUUGUUUAAACCAAAAACCGUUGAGCAAAUGAAAUACGAGCUAGAAUGCGCGGAGGUGAACGAGAAAGUGGUGGCUGAUUUUGAAGAACUCUCUUCGCAAAUGGACAACUUUAUUGAAGAAAUGCAGAAAGACCAGGAAGCGCUGGGUGUUCAAAGAGAGAAAAACGAAAGCAUUUUGGAUAACACAUUUGAAACUGAGAGUACUGAAACUACUUAUACAGAAUUGGAAGAAUAUGGUGCAAGGCUGGAUGUGCUACACGGAGAACCCACACCGGAGUUAUAUGUGGCUGCCGUAUUGGAACAUGUGGCACGAGUGGAUAGCGAUGUGGCAACCAAGAUGACAACGAUAUCGGAUAUGGAAAAAUGUGAAAAGCAGCAAGAAGAAGGUAAUAGCAGUGGCGCCGAUGUGCCAACCGCGGCCAGCAGUCUUGAGAAAGUGAAUGUGCUGACAAGUAUCGGCCCUAAUGCAGAUGCAUUGCGCAACGACGUGCCUGGUGAUCACGCUGAUUUGUCAGCUCCGGUAAUUGAGACGUUAUUCGAUGAUUGUGGUAAUGGAGUCGAUAUGAAAAUUGAGAAGAUUGUACCCGCAGAUACCCUAAAUUUCAGCAAACCCCAGGAGAAGGCUUUGGCUACUUUCGAAAGUGAGGAACGAGAAUUGCGUCAGCUAUUACAAAGGCUUGAGAAUGAAAAUGAGCAGCUGUAUAAUAUCAAUAGCGCCUACCGAUGCGCGCUUGCAGAAGACAUAAACGAGGAAAUUAAAUAUCGUGAAAAUGAGAAAAGCGAGCAAGUGCACAAAGUUUGUGAGGAAAUAAUUACGGACCUGCUGGAUGAGUUGAUUUUAGUGGAUCAAAGAGCCGAUGACCAAUGGGCGAAGCCUAAAAGCUACCAGUUUGGUGAAAUUGAAUCUGAUGAAGAAUACUGUUACUCAGAUCCACCCAAACCGCCAGAGCCUCCAGUGCGCAGCAUACGUGAUGUACUGAGCUCAUUCAAUGAAUUACUCCAGGAAAUAUCACGCAAGAACAAGGCCGAGGAAGAACGUAAAGAGCACGAGUAUAAAGAGGCGAUUCACCAAAAAUACGCAUCCACCGACGCACAAAAGGCUGAGAGUCUAGAAAAUCUUUUGAAAUCACCAAACUUGCGCAAUUUUAAUGGCGACACCAGUGAGUUGUUAGAUCAGAAAAUCGCAGAGGAGAAGAAGCGUGAAAGUAAGCGUGUUAGGAAGCUUGUGGAUCGCGUGUAUGCGCAAAAAGAUAAGUACAACGAUACUCUGGAGGUAGUGGAUGGCAAGUUGGUGGUGGUGAAGAAGGAUACCGGCAAGAUAGAGGAUUUACCGGCAAGCAAAUUUAAUUACAGCGAUAGUGAGGACACAGACCAAUACGAGUCGGCACAGUCGGAUGAUGAGCAAGACACUGAAAUGAUGCAAUUGUGGGAUGCGAGAGUGCGCCAAGCGGAGAGUGCUGGUACAUUCAGGUUGCCUUACAGGCCAACAGAACGCAUACCAGCUAUGCAAUUGAUACAGAAAGCAAACGAGUGGAAGGAGAAAGAGGAUGCCGCAUGUGAUGCGGCGGAUGAAGAGGAAAACGAACAAUUCUAUUCACUGGAGGCAGCGAAACCGACAGUUUUUCGUGAUUUAGAUGAGGAUUUUAUUGACAAAAUGGACUUUGAGAAGGCGGAACUUCAGCAAGCAAAUGAGAGCGAGUUGGUUGAAUGUGCGCGCAGCUAUACGGAACUGAAACAGAUUAUGAAGGGGAAUAAGGAGGAGCUGAAUUUGACAGAUGAUGAAAAUUUUCUGCUGCAGAAAAUGUUGGGACUUGCUGAGCAAAAAGAGACGGAGGCUAAACAAACGAAGGAUCCAUUGACCGUUGAAGAGAAUGAGCUACUGCAAAAGAUGGUGCAGCGCACAAAGGAGAAGGAAAAGGAAAAACCGGGAGGUAGACAUGCGGAUGCAAAGACAUGUGAGCAGAAUGCGAAGCCGACGCUUUCGAAGCAGAAAAUUAAAAUUAUCGAGCUGACCAGUGAUGAAAACAGUCAGAGCAGUGGAGUUGAUGGGGAAAACCGCGGCAAUUUCAUGAAUAUCAAGCAGCUGGAUGCAGAGUACCCAAUACCAGGCAUUUUCAGGGAUAUGCUAGACGAUUACGAUCUUGGAGCAAAGACACCGAAAAUGCGCGUCGACGACGCUGAACCUGAGUUGACUGUUUUGUUUACCAAGCAAACGAAAGAACGCAUGGAGCUGAAGGCGGAUGAACCGCAUGAAUGUGGACUUUUUAGGGAUCCACUCGAAUUGGGCAGAGGAGGUAUAGCAUACACACAGGAAGGCGACGAGGAUGAAUUCAAAGAAAUAGAUACCAGCUACGAUGAUGUAUUGCCGGCAACUGAUGAACUAGUUGCACAGGUGACAGAAGAUGAGAGCGAAGAGUUGUGGCAGGAGCACAGCGAAGAGUAUAAUGAGUUAGGUGAUGAUAAACUGGUACAAGAACAAGAAAAGGAAAAGCACAAGAAAGAUACUGCUGAAAAGCUACUUCAGAAGUGUGAGAGUCUCAGAGAUGUGGCAGUAAGUGUGCUCAAAUUCGAUGGUAGUAAUUACGAGGAAUAUGGCAUUACUGAGGAAACAGCGCGUGGAGUUGUGGAAUAUGAAAAGAUGCUAAACUUUGGCAAAGAAGACGAGGAGGAGUUUGUCGAUGCGCCAAUGCGAGAAGAAGAGCUGGUAAAAAUUGUAACGGAAGCGCUAAAAAAGGAUGAAUUGAAGGAGAAAAAAGGGGUUGGGGUUGGCGGUGUUGGAGACGUCGAAAGUAGUUGUGACAAGUUUCGGCUACAGGUGGGUGACGUAUUUCAAAAGAAGAGAUUGCAAGCGGUCGAAGAAAAAGAGUGCGAAGCAGCAGGCAAGACGGUUGCUAAGGAGUUUAAGCCUGAACGCAAGCACAGUGAGUACACAAAAGCUAAAGCACCGGAAUUGGAAAACAAAUGGGAGGAUAUCGCCGAGACGGAGCAAGAUAACAUUGACGAGCCAGAUUUCGCGGAUAUGAGCAAAGAAAACGUUAAGCAACUCGAAAACCUUGAAAAGGAAAUCACGAAUUAUUUAGAUCAAUUCGAUCUACAAAUACAAACUAACGCCGAUGAGAAGGAAACAAUGGAUGACGUGAAAUUUCAAGAUGUGUCAGAGGAGUAUAAGGAUUUUCCAGCAGUAGGCAGUAAAGCUGUUGCAGCUUUAGAAGUUGCUGAUAGCGAUAAGGUUGGGGUAGAAGUUGAUGGUUCUCAUAAUGCUACGCCAGCGUUGACAAAUCCUUCAGACGAGUAUACAGAUUUCCCAGCAGCCAGUGCUGCUCACAGUUCAUACAAAGCUGAAGUGCUGAAGGUGACUGAAGCUGCAAGCUUGCGCGAGACCUUUUCAAAACUUUCAUCCCGCCAAAAUGAAUCUCCAAAUUCGAAUUCCAGCUUUAAAAAUUCGCACACCCACGCAGGCAAGGCAAGCACAUUUGAAAGCUUACUCAAGUCUCCAAUCUUAAAGCAGUUCAAUGAGGAUACUAGCGCGAGUUUGAAUGCACACAUUCAAGCGGCCAAGGAAGAUGAUUUUGAUUUGAUUGAGUGUAGUCUGGAAGUUAUUGGCGAUGACGAUGAAGUGGUCAAUGAGAUUUCCGUCAGCGCGGAGAUUACCUAUAAUCCAUAAAACAAUUUGCGUAUUCCGCACAAAAUUUGUGUAUUUAUUAUAUCUUUUAUAAUCGCGCAUGUUAAUCUUAUCUUUUUCAUCGUGUG